ACCCCACUGACAAGUCAUACUCACGCGUUCUCCCUCGCCCCGGAUUCAAAUUUUGCACUUCACCCUCAGUUCCAUUCAAAUUUCUACUUGAGAACUUGAGAUGAAGAAUCCGAGCAGAAGAUCUUCCAUUCUUCCCAAGGAGAAAGGGAAAAAGGUCUUUAGUACGAGAUUUUCCUUGCCAUCAUUUGUCAAGCAUGUAAAUAAGUUGACAGAGUCUCAAAAAGAAGCAUUAAAUAGGAUUGGUUUCGGCUAUUUGCUUCUGAUUCCAAAUCAAUUGCUGUGCAAAAACAUACUAGUGGAAUUGAUGGAUAAAUGGAAUCCCAAGAAGUGCACAUUCACACUUCCUCCUGGGGAGAUCACAAUAACUCUUUUAGAUGUUGCGUUGAUUCUUGGGCUUCCUGUGACGGGUAAUCCUGUGAUUUUAAGAGAAGAUGUACCAUUUUCAGAUUUAGAGAGAGAAUAUGGUGCUGUCUUAUGGAACAGAAAAAUAACGGUAGCAGCACUUGAAGAGCGACUCAAGUGUUAUGGGGAGGCAGACGAAGAAGAUUUUACAAGGACGUUUUUGUUAUUCACGUUUGGAACUUUACUUUUCCCGAAUUCAAAUGGAAAGGUUGAUUCCCGCUUUCUUUCUCUUCUCCAAGACCUUAGUAAAGUGAGUCGAUUUGCCUGGGGAGCAGCUGUUCUCGAAGAUCUAUUUAAUUGGUUGUGCAAAAGAAAAGAAAAGAAUGUUCAGUACAUAGGAGGCUGUCUUAUUUUACUUCAAAUAUGGUUGUACGAGCAUGUCCACAAUGCUCGCCCAAAAUCGUUGGAUAAUACACUGAGAUUUCCCCGCAUCUGCCGGUGGGGAAAUAGUAGGUCUCAUCUUGGACAUUGUUUGAAGGUUAAAGAGCUGGAUGCUAAUCAGAUAACUUGGAAACUUGAAUUGACUGCGGAGGAGUCAGAAAUUGAAAUAAUCAAAGAGCUUUUUGCAGCACAAAGUGAACGAAUUGCACAUCAUGUGGAUCAAAGCUGUUCUCCUGGUGAUUCACUUAGUAGUGGCAGUGACAUGGUGAUCAAUUAUGGAAGUUCUGAACAAAAGGCAAUUAGCAACAGUGAAUCUGAGGUAGAGAUAGUUGGAGAAGUUUGUGAGCCCAAGGAAAGGUUUUCUAAUCAAUUAUCAAUAGUUUCGACAGAUCAUAUUGAAUCCCCGUCUACUUCUUGUCAUGUCCUAAAUGAUCGAAAAGAGCAGAUAGAGCAUUCUCAUACAUUACCAAGCAAUUUUACAUCCAUCAUAGUCAGUGAUGACGAUGAGGAUGAUUUAGAAGAAAGAAACAGAAGUCUGGAGAUAGAGCAUUCUCGUACAUUACCAAGCAAUUUUACAUUUAUAUUAGUCAGUGAUGAUGAUGAGGACGAUUUAGAAGAAAGAAACAGAAGUCUGGGAAAGCAGAAUGUAGAACUAAAGGAAGAGAUCUGUAAUCUGAAGAAAGAGAUUGAAUUUCUCAGUAAUAAGCUUGAAUGUAGUUCAAUGGUUGAAGAUCAGAAUGUUAAACUGAGAAAGGAAGUGGAAAACUUGAGACACGAGAACAAAGUCUUAACAUCAUCAACUCAAAAGCUUGUUGCCCGACUUGAAAGUAUUGUCUUUGAAGACCAUGGGGUGGGGAUUGGAGAUCAGAUUAUUGAGUAGUGAAGCUACAAAACUAGAAACAGUGUAUGUUCAUAUAAUUUAGUAGAAUGAAGAAAACCACAGGUGACACAAAAUUAAUAGUGUCGGACUUUUAGAACCUGUUAGAAGCUGAAGUAGAAGCCCGAUAAUGUAGUGGCAAAGUGUACAGCAUGUAGUCAAGUUUCACCCAGUGAUAUGAAACAAUUCUUAUAUUCAAUAUCAAGUUGAAGUAGUUAACAGAAGCAAAUAUAUUAGCGGUUAUCUGUGUAAAAUAUAAAUAAAUUACUCAUUUUAAUUGUUUUGACGUAUGGCUUUCCUGGAUAGUUUGGAGUGAAUUGGUCCUUGAAGCAUGGCUUCAGAAAGGGCCUUUUUUUGGCUUGUUGCAUGUGGUCACUAAAGUACCAGCGAUGUUAAUUGGCUUUUGCCAACCAUUGGUGUGGCUUUAGGGCUGCCUACAGGUUGGUUUAUAUGCUGAAAUUUGGGAACAGUCAUCUGUAAUCUUGAUAGAUAUUGAUAUCUGAUUUCUUAUUUAUUUAAUUAACCAAAGACGUUCAAUUUAAAUUACCUACGUAUUUGAUUUUGUCAAUGAGUUGAUGCUUAAGGAUUUC